CCAGGGGAGUGAGUUUAUCACGAAGGAGACGGAGAGCGCUUCAUAUUCUCAAAGCGAGCGACGCGACUUCAGCAAAAUAACAGUAAAAACAAUAAAAACCCGGGGAUCGGCCGGUUUGACUUUUAAUUUGGCUUUAAAACGAAAACCCGUCUUAUAAAUAAGAGACUCGCGGGUAAAUGAGUCUUUCACCGGGUCCCGUGUGCAGCGGGGGGAUGCGUGUAUAACAGAACAGCCAGCGAGGAGGAGAGAGCAGAUUAAUACUAAUAAUAAUACUAAUACUAAUAAUCAAAUCAGAAUAAUCAAUCACAUUGAAAAGAUCUACCAGCAACCAUGCCGGCGCAGGAUUCCUGCGAGAAAAAAUAAUUAAUACUUAAAUAUACACAGAAAUCAAAGCCGCUAAUAAUUCAUUAUCAUUUUGACUUCAACGCCGCGCCGUAUUUCGCUCAUUAUUAAUAGUAAUACGAAUAAUACUAGUCGCUGGCUGUGUCAUUGAUUAUAUAUCGGAGAUCUAUCGAUAAGUCGUGUUGUUGGAAAAUGGAAAGCGCUCACACGAAGACCGUGGAAGAAGUCUUGGCUCAUUUCGGGGUGAACGAGUCGACCGGGCUGAGCGCAGAUCAAGUGAGGAAAGCCAAGGAGAGGUGGGGCGCUAACGAACUACCAGCUGAGGAAGGGAAGUCUCUGUUGGUUCUGGUUCUGGAGCAGUUUGAGGAUUUGCUGGUUCGGAUAUUGCUGCUGGCGGCCUGCAUCUCCUUUACCCUGGCUUGGUUUGAGGAAGGCGAGGGUACCGUCACCGCGUUCGUGGAGCCCUUCGUCAUCCUGCUGAUUCUCAUUGCCAACGCCAUCGUUGGGGUGUGGCAGGAGCGCAAUGCGGAGAACGCCAUCGAGGCGCUGAAAGAGUAUGAGCCGGAGAUGGGGAAGGUUUAUCGGCAGGACAGGAAGAGCGUCCAGCGCGUCAAAGCCAGGGCCAUUGUCCCUGGGGACAUAGUAGAAGUGGCAGGUGGUGAUAAGUCCCUGCUGAUCAGACGAUCAGUAUCACCACUCCCAUCACUGUCUACCACGCUGCGAGUGGACCAGUCUAUCCUGACUGGAGAGAGCGUCUCGGUCCUGAAGCACAGCGACCCCGAACCCCGCGUCCUGACCCCCCCGCGCCGUCCAACUCAGAAGGCACGAACAUCGCUGCGGAAGGCGAUCGGCGUUGCCGUGGCGACGGGGGUGCAGACGGAGAUCGGGAAGAUCCGAGACGAGAUGGCGGCGACCGAGCCAGAGAGGACCCCCCUGCAACAGAAACUGGACGAGUUCGGAGAGCAGCUUUCAAAGGUGAUCUCUCUGAUCUGCGUGGCUGUCUGGGCGAUCAAUAUUGGUCACUUCAGUGACCCGGUCCACGGGGGCUCUUGGCUCCGGGGGGCCGUGUACUACUUCAAGAUCGCCGUGGCGCUGGCCGUGGCUGCCAUCCCAGAGGGUCUCCCCGCUGUGAUCACCACAUGCCUGGCUCUGGGUCUGUCUCGUGAGGAGCCUGCCAUGUUUGUGGUUGACAGUGUCGUUGGAGAUCAGUGUGUCCUGAACGAGUUCACAGUGACGGGGUCCACUUACGCGCCCGAGGGGGAAGUUUUGAAGAACGGUGUCCCAGUUCGCUGCUCCCAGUACGAGGGGCUGGUUGAACUGGCCACGAUCUGUGCCCUCUGCAACGACUCAUCGCUGGACUUCAACGAGUUGAAAGGUGUUUAUGAGAAGGUGGGUGAGGCCACAGAGACGGCUCUCUGCUGCCUGGUGGAGAAAAUGAAUGUGUUCGAUACCAACCUGAGAGGACUGAGCAAAGUGGAGCGAGCGACUGCCUGCAGCUCGGUGAUCCGGCAGCUCUUGCGGAAGGAGCUGACUCUCGAGUUCUCUCGUGAUCGCAAGUCCAUGUCUGUGUUCUGCAGCCCCAACAAGCCCACCCGCUCCACAGCGGGGAGCAAGAUGUUCAUUAAGGGUGCUCCGGAGGGAGUGCUGGAACGCUGUCGCUUCGUUCGGAUCGGCUCCCAGCGCGUGCCCCUCUCCGCGGGGGUGCGUGAGCAGAUCAGCGCCGUCAUCAGGGAGUGGGGCGCCGGCCAGGACAUGCUGCGCUGUCUCGCCAUGGCAACCAGGGACCAGCCCCCCCGCACGGAGGACAUGAAACUGGAGGACAGCAGCAAGUUUGCUCAAUAUGAGACGGAGCUCACGUUCCUGGGGUGCGUGGGGAUGCUGGACCCCCCUCGUAAGGAGGUGGUGGGUGCGGUGCGAAUGUGCCGGCAGGCCGGGAUUCGGGUCAUCAUGAUCACAGGCGACAACAAGGGCACGGCGAUGGCCAUCUGCCGUCGCACGGGGAUCCUGGGCCCGGCGGAGGAGGCGGGGGGCGCGGCGGUGGCUCUGACGGGACGCGAGUUCGACGAGCUGCCCCCCCCCCUGCAGAGGCAGGCCUGCCGCACUGUCUGCUGCUUCGCCAGGGUGGAGCCAGCGCACAAAUCCCGCAUCAUCGAGUACCUGCAGUCCCUGAACGAUGUGACGGCCAUGACGGGUGACGGGGUGAACGACGCCCCCGCUCUGAAGAAGGCUGAGAUCGGUAUUGCGAUGGGCUCGGGCACGGCCGUGGCGAAGUCUGCCUCAGAGAUGAUCCUGGCCGAUGAUAACUUCUCCACCAUCGUGGCGGCCGUGGAGGAGGGCAGAGCGAUCUACAACAACAUGAAGCAGUUCAUCAGAUACCUCAUCUCAUCCAACGUGGGGGAGGUGCUCUCUCCUCUUUCCUCUCUCUCUCUCUCUCUCUCUCGUUCCCCAGGCUAUGUUGGAGCCGCGACGGUCGGAGCCGCUGCCUGGUGGUUUAUGGCCGCUCACGAUGGACCCAAAGUCAGCUUCAACCAGCUGAGUCACUAUCUCCAGUGCAGUGAGGACCAUCCUGAUUUUAAAGGGGUCGAUUGCUCAGUGUUCGAGUCGCCCUACCCCAUGACCAUGGCCCUGUCCGUGCUGGUUACCAUAGAGAUGUGCAACGCGCUCAACAGUCUCUCUGAGAACCAGUCCCUGAUGAAGAUGCCUCCCUGGUCUAACCUCUGGCUGGUCGGAGCGAUCUGUCUCUCCAUGACCCUUCACUUUCUCAUCCUCUACGUGGAUCCGCUACCUAUGAUCUUUCAGAUCCGUCCCCUCAGCGCUGUCCAGUGGCUCACUGUCCUCAAGAUGUCCCUGCCUGUCAUCAUGCUGGACGAGGCUCUGAAGCUGGUGGCUCGUAACUAUGUGGACCCGGGGCGGGACCUGGAGGAGGAGGAGGAGCGGGGGAGGCGGGGUGGGGCGGGGCUCCAGACCCGGGUCUCCAGGGCGCUCAGGGGAGUCUCCUGGUCCUUCGCUGUGACAGCUCUUCCUCUGCUGGUCUGGAUCUACAGCCUGGAUACGGAUAUCACCAAUAUAUUCUGGCAGGGAGACCCAGAGCAGAACUGAGAGAGGGAGAGAGUGUGUGUG